CCCAAAUAUAACAUAUGCUACAUUUGACCCCUUUCUAUAUGGCAUUGUGUAAUCCCAUCUUGACAGAGCUGAGUUUGUAUCUUCAUUGAGAGACAGUCAGCAGGUCCUACAUGCUGGCUACAGGUACAGACUGAGUGUCAAGCUACACGUAUGAUGUAUGGAGUGUUAAAAUAUUGUAUAUCAAAGUAUACAAACUCACAUUGGAAGAGUUCAUUAUCCUAAAGGGAUUAAGGUGAUUGUGUUGUGUGCACUCAUCCAUAAAUUUGUUUUGAUAGAGGUGUAGGCAAAAUGUGGUGUAGGCAAUAUGAGGUGUAGGCAAUAUGAGGACAGGCCAUCCAUGAACAGCUAAUGAUUCUCCAUGUUGAAUGUCUGUGUGCAGCGCAUAGUUUGUAAGCUGUUAUCAGUUUGUAGGUCCACUGAUAAUCCCUGAUGCAAGUAGCUGCAGACACAGGAGGACAAGUUUAUCAUCUGUAGAACUGGGACCAUGUAUCAUCGGAGAUCAGAUGGUGUCGGCAAGAGUUUGCCAGACCAACGCCAGGCAGGGUCUAAGGUCAGGCACAGACAGGGGAAACAAAGACCAAACUACUUUGUUGCACUUCAGAUCACAAACCCAGAGAUCCACCAGGAACUGACCAGGGUCCAGCAACAUGUAGUUUCGGUCGUCUCGGAGAUGAGAGAUGUGAUGGUGGAUGCUAGACAUCUACAUGUCACCUUGAUGGUCAUGAAGUUGGACACUGAAGAUGAGAUGGCAAGAGCACGAAAAGCCUUAGAUGAAUGUGUCCAGGUCCUGGGAGAGAAGCCUGAGCUCCCAGUCUUUGAAGUGGCACAACUUGGUACUUUUGGCAACAAAGUCGUUUUUGCCCAGAUCCCCACUGGUGAAGACCUGGAUCAGAUCAAGUAUAUAGAUGAAUGUGUACGUGGAAAGAUGGCAGAACAAGGAAUAUAUUCCACAGACUCUCGACCACUCAAUCCUCAUAUCAGCAUCAUGAACAUGGAAAAAGUGGGUGGCAGAUUCAGACACACAGUAGCUAAACGUAUUGAACCUUCAUUAUAUGGAGAGUUUAAGUCGUCAAAGUUUGGCUGUCAAACUGUCAGGAGCAUACAGCUGUGUCUUAUGGACAAGCCGAGGGCUGAGUCGGGCUACUAUAGACUAGCUCAUGAAGUGUACUUAGACUCCAAACUACCAGUGACAGAUCAGGCUGCUCAGGUGUUGGCAUGUUCUUCAUUUGGGGCUGAUCACCAGGCAGCCAGCAGGAUGACUGGUGAGGAAGAGGUUCUGUCUACCAGAGAGACAGCUUGGGGUGGCAGGGAGCAGGCUGUUCACUGCAGCAGGAGAUGGGGGCAGGACGAUGGACAGAGCAGCAGAUGGAGGGAGGACGGUGGACAUGGCGGUAAACAAGAGGGACAGAGCAGCAGAUGGAGGGAGGGCGGUGGACAUGGCGGUAAACAAGAGGGACAGAGCAGCAGAUGGAGGGAGGACGGUGGACAUGGCGGUAAACAAGAGGGACAGAGCAGCAGAUGGAGGGAGGACGGUGGACAUGGCGGUAAACAAGAGGGACAGAGCAGCAGAUGGAGGGAGGACGGUGGACAUGGCGGUAAACAAGAGGGACAGAGCAGCAGAUGGAGGGAGGACGGUGGACAUGGUAGUAAACAAGAGGGACAGAGCAGCAAAUGGAGGGAGGACGAUUGACAUCGCGGUAAACAAAGAGCGGAGUGGUUUGGGCUUGUGGUUGGCAACGUGGUAGCGGUAGAUGUUACAGCAACUUUAGUAUUUUAUACUGUUGUACAUACCCAGGAGAGCUAUGGUGCCAUGGCACUCCUUUGAACACUUCAAAUAAUCUAUUUUGUUCAUUGCAUUCAGAAACCAAACAACAGUUGUGUGAGAUUAUUACUUCUGAUACAUCAUAGCUGUAAAUUCCUAAACUGCCAUGCACGGUAGGCUGUAAUUAGACUAAUAUAUAUAUAUAUAUAUAU